AUGAAAAAGGCAAAGGCCAAAAAAGCCGGCACCUCCUCGUCCAGAAAAGACGACGCGCCCGAAUCCGCUUCCAAGGAAAAGGGCCCCGAAACACCUACAGAGGAAGCUCCCUCCGGGACCCCCGAUGACGAUAACAACAGCGGCGACGUCGCCGACAACGACACGUCGAAGCCUGGCUCUCCAGGGCCAGCGUCAGCCCCCUCGUUGUCCCAGCAGUCCAAGGCGCGGUCGACGAGCUUCCGCCAGGCCUCCAUAUCUGGCCCGCCCCAGUCGCCCGGCAUGUUCAGCCCCGAGGGCGAGACCGCGCCCGACAUCUACCGCAAGCACGUCUCCCGCAUAGAGGAGCUCGAAAAGGAGAACAAGCGCCUGGCCAAAGAGGCUGCCGACACGGAGAAGCGCUGGCAAAAGGCCGAGGAGGAGCUGGCCGACCUGCGUGAAGCCGACGGUGACUCGACUGGCAAGAAGGCCGGUGGCGGCGCGGAUAGCUUGGUAGAGAAGCUGAGAAACGAGCUCGCAGCGCUGCAGCGGCAGAACGCGCAAUUGCAGUCACAGCUUUCGCGGGCGGGCGGCAAUGGCGGACGGCACGGGUCUUCUCCAUCACUGUCUAUGUCGUCAUCCGCGGCCGGACAGCUGCAGGCGUCUUCGGAGCUCGAAGCGCAGCUGCAGUCCAAGUCGGCGACGAUCGAGACGAUGGAGCUCGAGAUGUCGCGACUGCGGGCGCAGGUGGAGCGGCUAUCUGGGUCCGCUUCUGAGCCGCCGGAGCAGAUCACGGCACUCGAGGAGAAGCUGGCGCGCGCGGAGCGGGCGGCCGCGCUGGCCCAGCGCGAGCUCGGAGACCUGAAGCGCAACCUGGACCGCGUGUCGGAGAAGGCCGUGAAGGAAGGCUCGGAGCGCGCGUCGGCCGAGACAAAGCUGCGCACACUCGAACGCGAGUCCGCCGAGGUUGGCGCCGCCCGCGACGAGCUCGCCAAAAAGGCCGAGGCCUUCGAGAAGAAGGUCACCACCCUAACGACGCUCCACAAGGAGCAGGACGGCCGCACGCAGGCGCUGCGCAGGGACAAGGAGCGCGCCGAGAAGGAGAUUUCCGAGCUGCGCGACAAGAUCGACAGGGUCGAGGCAGACAACCUGCGGCUCCGCAAGAAGGACGCUGCCGAUGGCGGUGGCGAUGACGAGGGCGUCGACGAGCUCGAGAACGAGGGGCGGCUUCGCCUCGAGAAGCGCGUCCGUGAGCUGGAGGCCGAGAACACGGACCUCCGUAGGGGCAUCUGGCACGAGCGGCGGAAGGAGAUGCAGGUCGGUCCAGACGACGCGGCGGCCGUCGGUGGUGGGCGGUUUGAGAAUGUCGAUCUUGGCGGCGGACUGCGGAAGGGCGCUGGCGGCGGUGGUACCGGCGGCGGCCUGGGCGACUUCCUGGCUAGCGGACUGAGUGCACUCACGGGUGGUGGCCAUGGUCACGGCCACGACGACCUGCUCGACGAUGAUGACAUGGAGUUUGACGAGGACGCCUUUCGCCGCGCGCAGGAGGAGGAGCAGAAGAAGCGCAUUGAGCGUAUCAAGGACCUCAAGAGGCUGCUCAAGAACUGGGAGGGCUGGAGGCUGGACCUCGUCGAGAAUAGGAGGGGCGGCGGCGAGGGCAUCGGCGAGAUAUUCGAGGUUUGA